CGUGGAUCGUACGUAACCCCUACUGAUGCUUAUUGCAAAUCCUGUGACGCAGAUGCAAGCUGAGCUGAUCUAAGUCAAGUUUCAGAAUUGUCCUGGAACCUCACUAUCUCAAUUCUUCUUUUAAGUCCUUGAGCCUUCGGGAUCAAGGUCAGGAGGGGACGAUGCCUCGGGGCAGGAAGCGGCCGGAGGAGGCGCAGGAGGCGCUGAUGCGGCCGGUCACCAAGAGGCACCGCUCCAACCCCUACCACCAGUGGAGCAGCCACCACGCCAGCCACCACAGCAGCCACGUCCACGCCAGCCACCACAGCAGUCAUCACAGCGGUCACCACGCCCGCCGGCCGGCGGCCUUCUCUGAGAAACUGUGCCUGCAGUGGUUCAGAGAGUAUACCACCGCCGACGAGCCCGACCUGCUCGGACCGGAGGGCAUGGAGCGGUUCUGUGAGGACAUCGGCGUCGAGCCGGAGAAUGUGGUAAUGCUGGUCAUCGCCUGGCGGAUGGACGCGCGCAGCAUGGGCUUCUUCACGGCCCAGGAGUGGCUGCGCGGCCUCUCCCAGCUGCAGGCCGACAGCGUGGAGAAGCUGCGCGGCCGGCUCGAUCAGCUGCGCGCCAUGCUCGACCAGCCCGAUACGUUCAAGUCCGUGUACCGGUUUGCGUUUGAUUUUGCCCGGGAGCGCGACCAGCGCUGUGUGGAGAUGGAGGUGGGUCGCGCCAUGCUGCAGCUGCUGCUGGGCCGCAGCUGGCCCAUCUACUCCUCGUUCCACCGGUAUCUGGAGCGCUGCAAGUACCGCGUCAUCAACAAGGACCAGUGGAACAACAUACUCGAGUUCUCGCGUACCAUCGCGCCAGACAUGGCCAACUACGACGAGAACGGCGCCUGGCCGGUGCUACUGGACGAGUUUGUCGAGUGGUACCGCCAGGAGCACGGCUUGAACGCUGUCCCCACGGACGCCACCAUGGAGCCGGUCUGAUGCGGGGCUGCCGGCCGAGCCGAGCCGCGCCGGUCAGCCGCCGCACCGAUACUCGCGGCGCGAGGUGAGCCGAGAGUCUGUAACCACGGCGGCGCCCGGCGGACGGCCCUCGGUAUCCACUGUGUCUGUGUGCACGUGCCAGUGACGGGGGAGGGGCGGGGCGGGCAGGGACAAGGCGGGGCGGGCGGCGGGCGGGCAGUCCGCGCCCCAGUGAUGGCUGAUACGUCAGGCUCAAGUAGAUGGUGAGUUCCUUACCGGGACGGGCUGGGCGUCAGGCGCAGAGCGCGGCGCACCACUCACUGUCUACAGUAUAGUGAUGGGAAACGGUGGACCAAUGCAUUUUGGUGGUUUGUCGGAGCUGAUUCGCGCAGGUCGUAGGAAGGGAAGACACGCCGGUCGUGGACGAUUUUGUGGGAGGGUUAGUGCAGUAUGAUAGGACGGAUUGCGGUGAGGUGGGCUGGGUGGGACGCGGGGUGUGAUAGAGAGCGAUAGGACGAGCUGGAAUGCAGGACGGUGUCGGCAUUGUUCGGUGGUAGUCUGGGGAGAGUGGGACGGCCUUCUGACUGGUUCCCGGUCGGGCAGUGAGGAUUCGUUGCGUGGCUGGUAUUUGGAGUGUAUCGUACCGGGCGGCCUCAGUGUGACUGUUCAGUGCCGCCCUCUAUCAGCGGCACGGCCUGGGUAGGUUCCGAUCCGCCUGGAUGGUUCAGCCACUCUCUUUCGUUCGGCCGCCGAUCCUCGCCAGUACUCCGCCUCUAACAGUCCUCAUAAGUGUCUGUAUCAAACCUCAAUCGGAUGGCUUCGAUGCAGAAAACUAGGACGUUUUUUUACGUUUUCUGUCUGCAUCCGUGCGUGGUCGGUUGCACAUCGGCAGCUCCGCAAUAUCCUCAGUGCACUCAGUUUGCGUUUGACUCCACGGGCGUUUGGUUAAGGGCGUUACAAAUGACUGCCAUAGAGUUACCGUGUGAAUAAGUUACGACUGUAAGGGUGUGAAAUAUGUGUUACACGGUGACUACACUAUCACGUGUCUGGGUCACAAAUAUUUUUGCUUUGUUAAUCUCACACAUUUCUGUGUAAAGUUGUUUGUCGUUUCGCCAAGUAGGGCAUGUCACGGCGCGAUUCUCUCCCCUCGGCUGAACAUGAUGUACAUUUCCUCUGUCUUUCCAAGAGAAACACCCCACAUCCUGUUUUAGCAGGCUAUUUUCUGCCACACAUGAUGCAUAAUAUCCCGGCUGUCGGCUUUAUUUUGGUUACGUCUACCAUUCUAGAUAUCGCGCACUUGUGUUUAUCAGGUUUUACAAAAAUGCGACUCCUUUAUAGCAUUUGAUCAUAAAAUUGAACAAUACAGCUUCUUUCAUGCUACUUUCAACCUUAUUUCUCUUUUCUUAGGUAUUUAUUUUUUAAUAAUGAAAGUUCUUUGAAAGCAACCGUUCAAAUGAAUUCAAAAUUAAUUUUACACAUGCCACCCACUAUAAGGCACACAUUGGAUUCCAUUUUUUUUUUUACCAUUAGUGAUUCUUGUGUGGAGCUUCUCGAUGUGUGCCUAUAUUUAGACUCUGGCACGUAAAAUUUGCCCUCUUUACAUGGCUGCCGAGUGUGGGGAAGAUGCACAAGAUCAAACCUCCUCUGAACAUUUUUUUUUUUAAACCUAACAUGAUACCUCUGCCAUGAAACCUCGAUAGAGCCUGGCUUUUGCGUGAACCUGGGUCCCUGGAAGACUCGUCUGAUCCUAAACCGAAGUAGGUCUUAUCUACCAUCUAGCCAACAAGUCCCGCCCUGACCACCAUUCAACAUCCGUGUAUAACAAGUGUGACUGGUGUGUCUCUCGAGUAUACCUACAUUAACUUCCUGGCUACUCUGGUACUAAGACCGGCCACGCGUGUGCGUGCGAAUGGUGCAUGUGGUGACACAGAGUGGUACUCUUUUGGUGAUGUUUGGCGCAGUAGGGAGGCGGUCACCAUUGGGCAUUAUCAGGUUCGGGGCGGUCGGCUGAGUCGACCCUGACCGGGACGUGAGGUCAGUGUGUCUGGUGGUGCUGUACCGCGGUGGUGAACGGUGUGGAGGGCCAGACUGCGGACCUGGCCUCCCCAACGCUUAGUUGACUGAGGCAGAUGAUAGGCGUGAUUGUAUAGCAGACGGGCGAGGCGGUUUCUUGACAUGGUUGCCAUCGGAUCAUGGUGUGGAACUGUGGCCCGGUGAGGCUGCGGCAGCUUGCAGCGGCGGGCUGCUGCCCCUGCCGCCUGUUUUCGGGGAGCGCUCCGCGUAGCGGGGCUAUUGCGGGAAGUGUUGUGAAUGACGCGACUCAGGCCGCGGCUGUGGCCGAGGGGAUACGGCCGGUGAUAUGAACUCUGAACUGGGAGAGCGGUGUCAGCGCUGAACUUGAACUGGGAGCGGUGUCAGUGCUGCGAUUGAUAACGUGAACGGUUGUCCCAAUUCUGGUCUUCUAGUCUCAUGUUCCCAGUUAGCCAAAUACAUGCUGUUCCGCUGAC